CGACAAGGGCGAAACAGGCUCAGGAUUCCUUGGCGGUGGUGCUGGGGGCUUUGUCGGUCUAUGAUGUGUGUGCAUGGAGGAAGAAUGCCUCAAAGAAGUGAUCGUUUCCUUCCUUUCGCGUGAGCUCUAAGAGAAUUCACCGCGACUAAAGAUUUGGUUGGCUGUACUGUACAACGCGGCAACGCUCCCGUUGAUAGCAUUGACAGGCUCGUUGAUUCUGUGGGAAAAGAGACGGCUUCGCAAAAACGCUCCGCAUUUUCCUUCCUUCCUUCUAUGGCGUCAACAUGUUCCUCGCUCUGCCGAUAACGCUUCUUACGCUGCUGCUGCUGCUGUGUUCCCUCCAGCAGCCAAGCUUGGCUUCGACAACCUCGUUAUACGCAUCGCUCUGGUUUAGAGGCUCGGACGCCCAAGAAGCAUCAGCAGAAUACACAGACGACGAUGUCUUCCAACAGGCGGUGCUGAAUGUCACGAAUACAUAUCGCAAACAGCACAACGCGACGAGUCUGGCGUGGAACGAGAGUCUGGCGGAGUACGCGAAGGAGUGGAGCGAGAGGUGUGAGUUUGAGCAUUCGGGCGGUCCCAGCGGCGAAAACCUCGCCUCCGGCUACGCCAACACCUCGGCCAGCAUUAUCGCCUGGGGCCACGAGCGCAUCGACUACGACUUCGCCGCCGGUGAGUUCUCCGAAGAAACAGGCCACUUCACCCAGCUCGUCUGGAAGAGUACAUCGAGCGUCGGCUGCGGCCGUACGGAGUGCAACGGCGAGUCUGGAGAGACGAGAAAUGCGCCCGGGUGGUAUGCCUCCAGGUUCGUAGUCUGCGAAUACUACCCACCGGGCAACGUCAUUGGCGCCUUUGCGCAGAACGUGCAGGCCGAAGUGCCCGAGGACGAGCAGCCUGAGGGGCCGAGCGAUCCAGUUGUUCCCGAUGAUGAUGGGGAUGAGGGGGAUGAAGGAACGGAGUGUCCGCAGGGAGGGGUGUGUGGCGGCGCGGAGAGAAUAGGAGGAAGUGGGGAGAUGGGGGCGUUGUGGGUUGCAGUGCUUUUGACUUGUUUGGGGGCGGGGUGGGGCUUAUGA